CACUUAGACGCACUUUUUUCUUGUGCAGCUUCCUUUCGCAAUCGCAGGAUUCUUCGGGGGUAGGGCGAGUGAUAAAGAUGGAAGUCCUUGAUGCGACAAGUCUUGCUGAGCGCUUGAGGUGGGAGGCAAAAGAGUAUUGGCUGCAUCUGGAGUCUGAUAGUCCACUUGAAAAGUACCCAGCGAAGCAGCAUGCGAGGAGAGUGCAAGAGAAGUUGGGGUUAGAGGAAGGUUUGAUCUAUCUUCCGGGCCAAGCGGCGAGAAACAAUGAGGAUAGCGAUAUGCCUGCACCAUUUCGCCAGCUACGAUAUUUCUACUACUUAAGCGGAUGUAACGAGCCUGGCUGUCAUCUAGCAUACGACAUUCGACUGGAUAUGCUCUCGCUCUUCAUUCCCAGGAUCGACCCAAAGCGUGUGAUCUGGAAUGGUCGUGGCUCUACUCAAACGGAAGCGCUUGACAAGUACGAUGUCGACGAAGUGUAUUACGUUGAUCAGCUACCAGGCUUUGUUCAGGAUUGGGCAAGCUGCAGGAGCAACCAACGCGCCGAUCUCUACAUUCUGCACCAAUUUGAAAUACCACCGGGGUUCCCUAGACUUGAUCCCCGCGUUGACUCCGUCUCGCUUCAGCCAGCGAUGAAUAUCGCACGUAUGGUCAAGGACGAUCACGAGAUCAAGCUCAUUCGCAAAGCGAACGACAUUAGCUCGCAAGCGCACAGAGAGGUCCUCGCCAACAUUCUAAAGUUUAAGAAUGAAGCGCAAGUCGAGGGUUUGUUCAUGGAUGUUUGCAUCUCACGACAAGCAAAGCAGCAGGCCUACGAUCCGAUUGCUGCCUCCGGCCCGAAUGCUGGGACCCUACACUAUGAUGCAAACAACGAGAAUUUCGAGAACCGCCAACUAAUGUGCCUAGAUGCUGGGUGUGAGUACGAACUUUAUGCUAGUGAUAUUACGCGCACUUUUCCGCUUGCUGCUUCCUGGCCGAGCAAAGAAGCUGAGAACAUCUAUAAGCUUGUCCAACGCAUGCAAGAGUCUUGCAUUAAACGACUAGCGCCGGGUGUGAGGUAUCUUGAUCUUCAUAUUCGUGCGCAUCAGAUCGCGAUCGAUGGACUGUUACAGCUCGGCAUAUUGCAUAACGGAACGAGAGAGGAGAUUUUCAAGGCGGGCACGAGCAAAGCCUUCUUUCCCCAUGGCCUCGGUCAUCACAUAGGACUGGAAGUCCAUGAUGUAGGACAAGCGGAGUUGAUGAGUAUAACGAGGGGAAAGGCGGUAUGGGACCAGGCACCCUCGUUAUACCCGGAGAACUUCCACGUUCCGGUGUACGAUUCCAAGACUUGCCACAGCCCAACAGAUCCGCAGAGCAGCCAUCUGGUGGAGGGCAUGGUUGUCACAGUGGAACCUGGCAUCUACUUCUCCGUGUAUGCACUGCAACAUUUCUAUCUACCUUCGCCUGUCCACUCGAAGUACAUCAACGCCGAAGUGGUGCAGCACUAUCUUCCCGUCGGCGGUGUUCGCAUUGAAGACGACAUUCUCAUCACCCAUAAGGGCUAUGAGAACCUUACUGCGGCACCCAAAGGCGAUGCAAUGCUCGACAUCAUUCGAAGUGGAAAGUCGAAUGCAAUCCUUACGCCAAGAACUACACUGAACCCGUUACGCGGAAGGCGAGAUGACGAAACUUCAUUGCUUCUGCGUGCCCCGGGUAUUUCGAACGAGCUUCCGGAGCUGAUACAAAGGCCACUUGCAAGAGCGGCAACCAUGCCCGCAGAAUUCAAGCGGCAGGAAACUGUGGAUUUUGAACCUUUCGAUGGGCCAUCUCUAUUCUCGAAUUUCAAGCAGACAAUGACCAUAGAGGAGAAGAUCCAGCGCUGGCGAGAAUCUCGAGAAUUUAAUCCCGUUCUGGAAAGCCCGCCAGCGGUGACUAGAAGUCCUAUUCCAGUCUGUGGUGAGGCCAUCGCAAACGUCCAACAUGUCUAUAUUAGCAACGCAUCCAGCCUCGGGGCUGUAUCGCGGGCUCAGAGCGAGGUGGGAGGGCAGGGGAAGUGCAAGAAUUGCGCAAUUCUCGUUCAAACUUUAGAUCGGUUGCGACAAAACUUAAUCAAAUCUACGCAGACCUCGCCGACCAUGGAACAGAAGCCCUUCUUCGAGCCCACUAGAAUAAGCAAGCCCGAGAAGGCUCGAUUGGAACACCCUGCAGAGAUAUUACGUGCGGCGAAGGAGACUGACAUCUCCGCGGCCCUCAUUGACAAGUGCGAAAAGCCUGAUAUGCCUCGCCUAUACAGACUACACGGAGGUCCAGCAAGUCCAAUACAUCAGAACAGGGCUCGAGCUACUCAUAACAAAGUUUUGGCACCGUGUCUCUCUGAGGCUCUUCACCAUAAUACCAAUCUACAUGAGCUUGCUCUACGCCCACUUCAUGGCCAACAAUCAAUGGGAGGUCUGACGUCUACACAAUCGGGUACACAAAAAGAAGGUGAAUAUCCUAUAAUCGCCAGGAGAAUAAGUUGUCAAGCCGAGAGCAGCACUCCUUCCUCAGCACCAAACACGCGUCGCGAUACGACCGACAGAAGACGACUUCAGAGUCAGAGGCAGCUUGAUCGCCAGCAAUAUCAUAAUCGUGAAGAUGCUCCUAGUACCUGCAUUAUCUGUGGGACGCACUGCCACUGUGGACGCUUAUAUAAAGAAACAGAGGGUGUAAUAAAGGGUUUCGGGUUUGCACGUUGAGAACAAGCCGAGGCAGGCAAUAUAGGUAAGUAGCAGCCGCGGGGGCUGAUUUCCAUGAUUGCGAUUGCUCAUCUUGUCACUUCAUGCGCACUAUACGUUAGCUAUUUCUUUAAUUUACUAGAAUCUCUACGUAUUUUCUUUCGAUUUUCACCUUACGAGCGACAUAUAUAACCGUGUUUGAGAGAGGUAGCGUCCUGAAUGUAAACUCCACGGUCAACAGUAUUUAAUUCAUUCUUUGGUGCACCUUACCAUACGCGCACAAGCACAGCUGUAUUAUGAUAAAUACAUCUAGCAGUUUGG